AUGUACAUAUCUCAGGUUGACAUUGAGGAUAGACUGGUUUGGGGUCCGACCAAAAGUAGAGAGUACUCAGUAAAAUUGGGUUACAGACAGGCGUUGAUUCGACAAUUUCCAGACUAUUAUAGGCUUGAUUCGGACUGGGAAGUUUGGAAACGAUUAUGGAAGUUCAAGAUCCCACCCAAAUGGAUCUUGUUUGUGUGGAAAUGUCUUCAUAAUAUUCUUCCGGUGAAACGAGAACUUGAGAAACGGGGGCUGACUAUUGAUCCAAUUUGUUCUAGCUGUUUUCAACACGAGGAAUCAAUUGAACAUCUAUUUUUUGAUUGCCCCAUUUCCCAACGGGUGCAACAAAUUCGCAACUCGGAGAUUUUAAUUCAUUCCAUUGCCUUAUUAUGGGCCAUUUGGCUACAACGCAAUUCUGUGGAAUUUGAUGGAGUUGAUGUGUCCAUUGAACGCACAAUCAUGGCAGCUAAUGAAUUAUUAUCACUACUUCUUUCACCACAACACAAUGUUUUCUGUGAGCUUUCUUACUCUGGUAUUUUUUCUCAACACAGAAUUGCUAAUCAGGUUAUUUUGCAGAAUGUUACAACACCCACUGCAGCUGUUCCACACAUGCGCAUCGUUGUGGAUGGACCUUGGCUCUCUGUCGGCAACCGAACUGGCUUGGCCUGGGUCUGUUUUGAUACAGAUAAUCAGCGGGUCUAUGAGGAAGCUAUUUUAGGGCCACCAAUGCUUUCUCCCCAACAAACCGAAGCAGUUGCUGUUCUCAAGGCUCUGCGUUGGGCAUACCAUUACGGCAUCACCAGUCUGCUGUUACAAACGGACUGCUUAGUCCUAGUACUAUUAUUCCAAAGCUAUGAUCAAGACCAUGAUUGGAGUUUCCAAUCCAUUUUGGCUGAUAUAUUGUAUUAUUGUAAACUUUUUCAUUAUGUUGUAUUAGAGAAGGUGGAGCGAGAUGUGGUCCAAGAGGCUCACCAUCUUGCAGCUACUGUAAGAUACUCUGUUUAG